AUGUAUGAUUCCCAACGAGCCGAGGCAGUAGAAGCUGGUGUUCUGUCGGUUUAUGUCUUCUCGCACAUUUCUCCAUUUGCCCAUUUCGCUAGUCGUACGAUCUACCGGCAUUCGGCUCCUUUUCGCCUUGACGACUCGUACAUUGCCUGCCUCGAAUUGGCCACUGUCGAGGGCAGCACCGACGUCGACAACCAGAGGGUAAGUGACAAUAAUUAUCUCUAUGACAUUAUCACCUCAUCACCCGGCAACUUGAUCAAUUGCCAGGACUCGGAGCUUGUGGAACCGCGUUAUUGCGGAUAG